AUGGCGUGGUGGAGGAAAACGGUCAAGAUCGAAGAACCUGUGUCGAGGAACAUGAUGAUGGCAUCGUUCGAUAGUAUCCAGGACGUCUUCUUGCAGUCAGAGAGCUGGGCCAUCCCGCUGCUCCCCUUCCACUCGUCUUUCCUCGAUCUCAUCCUCGCGCUUGAUACUUGUGCCUCCUACCGCAGGCAUAUGGGGAAGGCUAAACAUCCCUGGCUCCAGGUUUUGAUCUCUUGUGCCGUGGGAACCUUCGGAGGAACGACCGUUGCUGCUCUCUUUCUCGGGCAACCGCCAGGCUGGAUGGGCUCGCUCAGCAGUCCCUUCGCCUUCCUCCUCGCCUUUUGGCUGAUCUUCUGCUGCCCAGGGAACGUGCCAUACAAGUUCAUCACGCGGCAUCGGAGCGUGGAACUUGUCUUCGGCUACAUCAACUCCUUCUCCUGCGGUCACGCUACCUCCUCCUGGGGCGCCGAUGGGGCCCUGAAAAGCUGUGGAGGAGGAAUCCUUGCCAACUGGUUGGGCAUGAUCGGAAAGAGCUCAGACUGGAUGUUCGGAACUCCCCCUGUGCUCAAAGGCCCGUCCAUGACCGUCAGAACGGCCUUCUUCACCUCCUGCGUCUACUACCUCCUCCGUAACCCCCACGAGUUCCUCCCCUACGGCAAAGACGCACUUCUUACGCACGAUCAAGCGAGGACGUGCAUCUGGCUUCUGUGGGUCUUCGUGCUCUCAGUUCAUGAGCUUCUCAAGGUUGAAAACCCCUGGGAGUGGUUGACGCGCCUCGUCGGCGUCUGCUUCCUCUGCCCCGACGAGAUCGGUGGAGCUCCCGAGGAUGGCGUGUACGAGAUGGUGUUUGGCAAAGGCGAGAAGGUCACGCAUGAUGCGGCGCUCUCCGGGUUUGGUUUCGACAAGAAGGAUGAUGAAAAGAAGAAGCCGAGCAAGAAGACAGACUGA